GAAAGAAGUGCCUGGCUUGGUUUUAUGAGUAUGCAGGUCCUGAUGAAGUUGUAGGACCAGAAGGAAUGGAAAAAUUUUGUGAAGACAUUGGUGUUGAACCAGAAAAUGUGUGACUGCACAGAAAAGUUACAGAACAAAUUUGACUUUUUGCGCUCACAGUUGAAUGAUAUUUCAUCGUUUAAGAAUAUAUACAGAUAUGCCUUUGAUUUUGCAAGGGAUAAAGAUCAGAGAAGCCUUGAUAUUGAUACUGCUAAAUCUAUGUUAGCUCUUCUGCUUGGGAGGACAUGGCCACUGUUUUCAGUCUUUUAUCAAUACCUAGAGCAGUCAAAGUAUCGUGUUAUGAACAAAGAUCAGUGGUACAAUGUAUUGGAAUUUAGCAGAACAGUUCACACUGAUCUUAGUAACUACGACGAAGAUGGCGCUUGGCCUGUUCUUCUUGAUGAAUUUGUUGAGUGGCAAAAAGUCCGGCAAACAUCAUAGCAAGAAGUAUUAUGAAGAAAAUGCAUACUUUUUUGAUUCCCACGUGUAUACAAGCUAAUAAGAUGAGGGAAAAAAUAAUCCAAAGGGUGCAUUUUCAGUCAUAUGAAAGACUUCUCAUAGUAAUUUUUUUCCUUUUUUUUAAAGGAAGUUUUCUUGUUACAUGUGAUAGGCAUUGAGCCACACCUCUUAUGAGACUGAAUAUUGAUGUUUUUGUUUCAAGUUAUGUUUUUAACAUUUAUUUCAGAACAAUAAAGAUUGAGAUUUGUGACAAAGGCCUUAAAGUGAAGAUGUCCCUUGAGUGUCAGAGUGGUAUUUAUUUUUGUAAAUUUGAAUUCUUGAAUUUUUGAGGUUCUCAGUUACCAUGGAUUUAUGGAAUUAUAAAGAUUGUAAACCAUGACAUUGUGUUCGGCUGAUGGUCUGGCUCCUCAUAUUCAUCCUUGCACAGCUGGGCAGAAUAAUUAACCUUGACUUGUGGGAUAAUGAUUUUUUGAUGCAGCUACUAGAAAACAUUUUUAGAUAAUUGAAAUUGCUCCAACCUUUGGUUCUGGGUUUUUGUAAAAGUUGCCACGGUCUUAUGCACAUACUUUACCUAAAGUGUUGAGAAUUGGAAAGAUUAUGUCCACUUAGUUAAUUUCCUGACCAUUAAAUAGUAUUUUCAAUAAACAUAUUGAGAAUGCUUAGUGUAUAUUCAUGUAUAUUCUUAAUGUGAAUCUUAAGUUUUCUGUAUUUGUAAGCGAAAAAGUUUCAAUUAUACUUGAAAGAACAAGGUUGGUGUAUUAAUGAUUUCAAAAUUAGAAAUCCUUGUGAAAGAAUUAGGAGAACAUAUUGAAGUUGCAUUCUUAUCAUUGCCAUUAAGCGCAUGCUUAUGGUCUUUUGAACUGUCAUUUUAUGAUAGAAUUUUGUUGGGAGUGCUUUCGUUUGUCUUAAGAAAACUUUGGCCCCAAUGUUGUAAACUUAGUUAAGAUCCACACAGAAGGUAAAAGAAUAAGGAAGGAAUCAUGAGAGAACUCUGGAUAUAGCUAAAACCUGAGUGAGAUCAUUUACUUUUUUUUUUUUUUCUUAAGCUGGGGACCAAACCCAGGUCCUUGUGCAUGCUAGACAAGUGCUCUACCACUGAGCUACACCCCAGCCUCAAUGAGGCUAUUGCAUCGGCAGUCACCGUUUUGCUGUUUUAUCAUCAUGUUUUGACUGUUGGCAAUAAAGUGUCUUGAGAUGGCAAUCUGUCCUCAUUCACAUAAAAGGCACCUUUGGAAUGAGCAGCAGGCCUGUGUAUCAAUUUCUUUUCAAGCCAUGUAAGAUCCCAAUGAUGUGAAAACUUUGUUCACAUUCACAGUCCAAGUCACAACCUCAGUAUUCCUAUGUCAUUGUAUGUUUGAAGAGCAUAGGUUAUUUUUCUGUAAUUUGUAUUGAGAUUCAAGGUAAAGAUUGAUUUUUGGUAGUGCAUUUAAUAAGUGAUUUUUGGUAUUGUUUACUUAAGGGAGAAUAAUAUUUAGAAUCUUUUUAUUGUUUGCAUUUUGGUUAAUGAACAGGGAAAAAAUAAUUGCCAGUGGUUUACUUGCCUUAGGAUUGCUUUGUAUAGUUUUGUAAAACACUGAUACAAUACUGGGAAAUAAAUUUUUCCCUAAAUGUCUUAUAGAUAAGGAUAAUUUUCUUGGAAUAGUCUUCUUAUAUUAUAUGAGUGUCAUUGAGUUGUUAGAACUGGGCAUACCAAUAGUGUUGUUAUUUAAUAUCACAAAUGACUUCAUAUCAAAUUCAUAGAA